CUGCGAUUCAGAUCAGUUAAAGGGCAAGGAUAACCUAUUAAGAGCUCAAACAUGCCUAUUUCCAACUCUUCCGCAUCUUCUACAAAAAGCAUCCGUAGAGCAGGGUCCGAACUUGAGAGAGCAGACUCUAUAACGUCUCCAAGGUUCUUGGUCAGAAGACAGAGCUUAAUAGAGGACGCUCGAAAAGAAAGGGAGGCUGCGGCCGCGGCGGCGGAGUCGUCAGUAGCGAGCGAGCAAAUCGUUUUCGAUGAGGAGGACGGUAAAGCAUUGCUCAACCUUUUCUUCACGCUCCGAAGUUCUAAGAUCCCUGCGCUCUCUCGUGCUCUCAAGGUUUUUGAGACGUUUGAGACGAAAAUCCAUCAUUUGGAAACCAGGCCCAGCCGAAAGCCAAAGGACUGCCUGGAGGAUCUAGAGUACUUUGUGCGCUGUGAGGUUCAUCUGGCCGAUGUCAACACUCUCAUCAGCUCCAUCAAGAGGAUUGCAGAAGAUGUCAGAACCACCAAAGAAGUUAAAUUUCACUGGUUUCCAAAGAAAAUUGCAGAGCUGGAUAGCUGUCAUCAUCUGGUGACAAAAUUUGACCCGGACUUAGACCAAGAUCACCCGGGAUUUACAGAUCCUGUCUACAGGGAACGGAGGAAGAUGAUUGGCGAUAUUGCCUUCAGUUAUAAGAAUGGUGCACCAAUCCCAAGAGUGGAAUAUACUGAAGAGGAAAUUGGCACAUGGAGGGAGGUGUAUUCAACACUGAGGGAUCUGUACAGCACUCAUGCAUGCAGUGAACACUUGGAGGCUUUCCGGCUACUGGAGAGACAUUGUGGAUAUAGCCCCAACAACAUUCCCCAGCUGGAGGAUGUGUCCGUCUUUCUCAAAGAGCACACAGGCUUCCAGCUGCGGCCGGUGGCAGGGCUCCUCUCGGCCCGAGACUUCCUGGCCAGCCUGGCCUUCCGGGUGUUCCAGUGCACCCAGUACAUCCGGCAUGCGUCGUCCCCCAUGCACUCUCCCGAGCCGGACUGUGUUCAUGAGCUCUUAGGCCACGUCCCCAUGCUGGCUGACCGGACAUUUGCCCAGUUUUCUCAGAAUAUUGGCCUUGCAUCACUGGGAGCUUCAGAGGAAGACAUAGAGAAACUCUCUACACUGUACUGGUUCACUGUGGAGUUUGGGCUCUGCAAGCAGGGCGGUAUGGUGAAGGCAUAUGGAGCUGGCCUCCUCUCCUCAUAUGGAGAGCUGGUGCAUUCCCUGUCAGAUGAGCCCGAGAGGAGGGAGUUUGAUCCCGAGGCAGCGGCUGUGGAGCCCUACCAGGACCAGAACUACCAGUCCGUCUACUUCGUCUCCGAGAGUUUCACCGACGCGAAGGAGAAACUCAGGGUCUAUGCGGCAGGCAUCAAGAGACCAUUUUCGGUGAGGUUCGACCCAUACACCUACAGCAUAGAGGUCCUGGACAGCCCCCUUAAAAUCCGCGGGGGUCUGGAGUCCGUAAAGGACGAGCUGAAGGUUCUCACGGACGCGCUCAAUGUGCUAGCGUAGCAUGUUCGCCUGGCCAGCAAUCCGUCCGCUGUCCGCUGCUCCAUGUGUAACAAUGUAUUAUUAAUAUGUGCUUCAGUGUCCAUAUUCUGCUACUGGGAUGUAUUUUGGGACGGCCAAUAUAGUGAAAUAUAAAAUCAUUCAAAUGCACAAAAACGUUUAAACUGAAAAAGGAAGAAAUCACACACUACAACUCCCAUCUGAAUGUUCACAGGACAGUAUCAGGAUUUUUUCCACACCUAAAGAUCAGACUUGGAAAGCCCUUACUAUAUGUAUUUAAACAUUGUCCAGUGUGUUAAUAAAGCUAAAUAUUUGGGCACACAA